AUGCCACCGCGAGCCUUUCCCUUCCCCUUCCGAGUGGGCACCGAUAUCUGCAAUGUCCCAAGAGUGCUAUCCAUCAUCACGCCCCGUACCGGCAGCGAAGGCGAGCCUCUGCGACCUCUGCGUCACUACCUGAAGCGAGUGUUUACCGAGCACGAGCGUCAGUAUUUCUGGAAUCGCUUUGGGCCCGAAGAAUCCGUAUUGGACAAGGCAGAUGUAAUCUCCAAAUUUCUCGCUGGCAGGUUCGCAGCGAAAGAAGCCUGCCGCAAAGCAAUUCAACACCUCGACAUUGUUCAAAGAGGGUUCAAGCAUAUCAUGAUUCUCCCUGUUACCGCGGUCGAUCGCAGUAAGCACCAAUCGCUUCGGCCCCAGGGCUUGAUCUUAGAUAUGGUCUACGAGGAUUUCGAGCCAACCUGGGUGAAGCCUGACGGCAAAAUUGGACUGAUCGAUAUGAGCGAGAUCGAUGGGCAGCUGUGCGAGAUUAGUAUCAGCCAUGAUGGAGACUAUGCGACUGCUGUGGCUAUAGUGCCGAUGGCGGAGAAGUGGGAACAUUGA